CAGUAUAGAUGUGCGACGGGAGCGAUGGAAAGAUGGCGGCUGCUAUGGUACAAAUGUCAUGUUUGUACCGGGGCAUGUUAGCGGUCAGGACCACCGGCAUCAGGACGCUGUUCCCCGGGCUGGUCCCGGCGCAGUUCCGAGCCUUCUCGGUGCGGAAGGAGCCGGAACUGGAGGAGAACCCGUUCUACAACAAGUACCAGGACAAGAUCCAGAAGCUGCGCAGCGCCAAACCACAGGAGUACAAGGACCGACUGGAGAAACGCCAUGAGGCCAAGAAGGAAGUGCUCGGACACUCGAAGCAGGCGGAGUUCGUCAGGCUCAUGGAGCAGGAGUUGGAGAAAAAGGACAAGAUGGCUGCCGGCGAUGGAGCAGGUGGAGGCUUCACAAAGAACAAGACGCUGGGCUCCAUCCUCAACAUGGACAUGAUCCAGGACAAGACAGGCGAGGAGAUUGCUGAGCUUUGGAUGAAAUAUUAUUCGACCAAGGACACGAUCAGCGCCGUCAUCCCGACUCAGAUCUAUGACAUGAUUAUCAGCAGGUCAAAGUCCUGCCCGAUGUUCCUCUACGCUUUGCCUCAGAGGGAAGGUUACGAGUUCUUUGUGGGUCAGUGGUCCGGACACGAGCUCCACUUCACCUCCCUUAUCAACGUCCAGACGCUGGGCGAGAACGCUCCCAGUCAGCUGAUCCUCUACCACUACCCAGACCUGAAGGAGGAGAAGGGCGUGGUCCUCGUGACGGCUGAGAUGGACCCAAAGUUUAUAACCGUCCACCAGGCUCAGUGCUUGGCCAAUCAGGUGCAGCUGUUCUACGGCACGCAGAGGCAGGAGACGUACCGAUUGGUGGAGACGUUCAACCACGAGCCUGAGGACUUCAAACACAUGUUAGUGAUAGCAGAGCUGGAACAGAGCGGCCUGGGGUCAGAGGUCGCCCCCAGAGGCUCGUAGGGAGACUGUAGUCCUCUGUAAGACCGCCUGCUGUCUGAUUCCCAGGAACUGUUGGGCUUCAUUUAGUGUCACAAAGUGAUGUCUGUGCUUCUCUCCACUGGGAUUAUAUCGUCUUCAUACUGUGUAUAAAGUUUGCAGCAAGAGCUUCAGGGAGCACAAACUGCUUCUCGUGACCCAUGAACUCUGUAUGGGACUAGAUCACCUCAGACAUCUGCUUCACACGGUUUCAUUGAAAAUAAUGUAGUAAUGAAAACUUCAAUAAUAAGUGUCCUACUCUCCAUAUCAGACUGGACCAGAGGGACUCUAUUAUCCUACAAAACCGUAUGACAUUCAAUAAAUCAUCUUCAAAACACCAAA